UUCUGGGCUCCCGUGGAGCUCUCAUGCAGGGAGGAUCUGGCUCACUGGGGAGGAAAUUCUGCCCUCCACCUCCCUGUCCUCCUGGUUCAGCUUCACAGCUUGCCAGUGGGGUUUGGCCAGGGGCACACAUUCGUCCUUUUAGAUGCCUCCUCUCACCUUUCCUUAGCGCCAGAGCCUCUCGGGGGUGUCCCCCAGGUUGGGACAGCCUCUCACCCCAUCCUCUGCCCGGGGGAGCUCCCGCAGCUGCCCUGCUUUGUGCUCUGCUUCCCCGGCACCGCUUAUGCAAGAGCCUUUGGAAGCGAGACAAAAUUACAGCGGGAAGAAAUCAUCGCACGGCUCUGGUGGGAAAAGAUAUUAUCCUGCGUUGCCAGCGAGACCGGCCGUCGGCAGGUAGUUCCUCCCCUUUCCAGGAUGUUGAGAACAGCAGUGGGAUAUUUAUCCUUGAGAAGGGGAGGAUUCAGAGGGAUGUAAAGCAGCUGUGCAGUACCUGUGAGGAGGUGUUUGAGAAGACAGCCAGAGCCUUCAGAGCAGUGUAUGGUGAGAGGAGGAGACACCACAGGUAUGAGGAGCCAGGUGAAACCCAGCAGUUUUUAGGAUCUGUGCUGGCAGAGAAGAGCGAGCAGAUGGUGCCCUAAAAUCCCCGCGCCCCGAAGAGUGAGCUAGUGAUCAUUUGUGAAGCUCUUGAGAUCUAUUUUUUUCCCAGACCCUGCUGAGCCUGGCGAGGACUGUAAUUGCAGCCUGGACUGGCUGGAGAGGGCAAUACCCGGAUGGGCUCCUCGCCUUUCAGGCUGUAAUUGGGCCCUGGCGAUACAAAGCACAAAAGCUCCUUCCUUUCCUUCCUGUUUUGCCGGGCUCCCUCCGUGAAACCUUCCCCUGCCUGUGCUGGAAAAUAUGUAAAUACCAGGGCAUGGGAGAAUUGCUCCCUCGUGCCUGCGUCACGUCUGAAAUCCCCAUUAAAAAUAUAUGUUCCAAAAAGA